AGCUCCAUCUUGCUGUUUAUUUCAUCUUUGCUGUUGACCGGCAUUUUCCCACAACACCCUGCUCCUGCUCUCACAGAUGACGAAAAUGGCGGAUAACUCAUCUUCGGUCGAGAUUGUUGAGGGCUGUCGCCUCCCCGUUCUUCGUAAAAACCAAGAACACGAGGACGAAUGGCCAUUGGCUGAAAUUCUAAGUGUGAAGGAAGUCUCUGCGAGAAAGCUUUACUAUGUUCACUAUAUUGACUUCAACAAGCGCCUGGAUGAGUGGGUCACAGGUGACAGGCUGGACAUGAAGAAGCUUCAGUUCCCUAAAAAAGAAGCUAAAACGCCAACCAAGAAUGGUCUUUCAGGCUCCCGUCCCAGUUCUCCCGAGAGAGAAGUGAGGAAGAGUCUAGAUCUCAACCUACCAGCUGCUACAGCUCCUUCCAGAGGCAAAACCCUCCCCACACCGCUAUCGGGUCAUGCUGAACUGCAUGGAAAUCCAGAAAUAAACAACCAUGACACAAAAAAGGAAGAUGAUGAUCCAGUCGUGCAGAUCACAUCUGGAAGUGCUUUAACACACAGUGUAUCCAAAUGUUUGACAGGUGUAUGCACUGGACUUGUCAAGCCACGGUUCAGCUUCAAAUCUGUCAAGAAGAGGAAAGUAGAGACCGUCCCCUUGGCGACUCAGGUAUCCCCGGCCACCCCUGUGCCCUCCCUGCCAAGUUCAGCUGAGGCCUCUCAGGCAUCUGUUUUUCCUGCUGUGAGGGAGACCAACACUUUCAAGUCCCGUGAAGACCAUGAGCAGCUCUCCACGCUCACAACGAACGGCACUGCUCGGCGACUCAUCCCCGCGCAGCCAGGGAGGAAAAGAAAAGCAAACUGUGGGGGAACAGAUGAG